AUGACUGGAGGCAAGUCUGGAGGCAAGGCCAGCGGCAGCAAGAGCAAUGCGCAAUCUCGUUCAUCUAAGGCCGGUCUCGCAUUCCCGGUCGGUCGUGUCCACCGUCUCUUGAGGAAGGGCAACUACGCCCAGCGUGUCGGCGCUCCCGUCUACCUCGCUGCCGUCCUUGAGUACCUCGCUGCCGAAAUCCUCGAGUUGGCUGGCAACGCCGCCCGCGACAACAAGAAGACCCGCAUCAUCCCGCGUCAUCUCCAGCUCGCCAUCAGGAACGAUGAGGAGUUGAACAAGCUACUGGGUCACGUCACCAUCGCCCAGGGUGGUGUGCUUCCCAACAUCCACCAGAACCUUCUGCCCAAGAAGACUGCCAAGGGCGGCAAGGGUCCCAGCCAAGAGCUAUAG